UUCCCAGUUUGCUGUCCCCACUCUCCACUUUAAUACCAAUUCUCAAUCGGGAUUUUAUACUACCCCCUCUUUGACUCUCUUCCUUAGCAUUGGCUUCCCAAUCGGCUGCUUCGAUUUAAGCAUCAAGUCCCCGAUUAUCUUGAUUUCUCCGUAAUUGGGGAUUUUCUUUCAUCUCGGAUUCCCACCGAAGUGGCUACUUGGCCUCGCUACCGCUGUUUUACUUCGAUUCGCGGCUGUGAAAUCUCAUCUUAAUUCCAGCUCCCUAUUCGCACCAAAAUUCGUUAUGAUGGGAGGGCAGUCCAGCAAGACGAGUAAGGCUGAUGUGCCUUUGGCUGUCAGAUUGGGUACCAAUUCCCAGUUCGCAGCUGACUUGAAGUCGUACGAAACUGCAUGUGUGGCCGACCCGAACUUACAAUCCUUCGACGCCUCCAUUCAAGAGCGAACUAACAGGGUGAUCAACUCACUUGCCAAUGGGGUUCAGGUUCGCUCCUUAUCUCUUGAUUCUCUGAGAGAAGUGACUGAUACUCUGCUAGAAAAUCACGAGGAAGUGGUCAGAAUCUUUCUGGCAUGCAAGAACGAUAUAAUGAAGAACGAAGACCUAUCCUCCUUGGUUGACGAGUUUUUUGAAAAUAGCCUCUUGACAUUGGAUUUCUGUAAUGAACUUCAUCAGUGCUUGAGACGGGCACGUGAUAACCAGGUAAUAAUUAAGUCAGCGCUCAACCAUUUUGCGGUAGAGGGCGAAAAUGGAGUGGAAGGGGCGAGGUAUGUAGAAACGUUGCAGCAACUGAAGAAAUUUACCGACGCUGGAGACCCCUUCACGCAAGAGUUUUACUUGUUGUUUGAGUCGGUUUAUGCUAAGCAGGUAUCAAUGUUGGAGAAACUGCAAGCCAGAAAGAGGAAGCUUGAUAAGAAACUGAAAUCCCUCAAGGCAUGGAGGAGGGUGGCAAAUGCCAUUUUUUUGACCGCAUUUGUUUCUGUGUUGAUUUUCUCGGUGGUGGCAGCUGUUGUUGUUGCACCACCUAUAGUAGCGGCUUUAGCUGGCGCAUUGACUGUUCCAAUAGGCUCAGUAGGAAAAUGGUGUAAUUCACUAUUUCAGGGAUAUGAGAAAGCCGUGAAAAGCCAAAGGGAAGUGCUUAGCUCAAUGGAGUUUCGUACCUAUAUCACAUUACAGGACUUGGAUAGCAUUCGAUCCCUGGUCAACAAAUUGGAAAUAAAGAUUGGGUCAAUGUUGCAUAAUGCUGAUUUUGCUCUCAAGGAUGAGGAUGCUAUGGAGCUUGCACUCGAUGAGAUCAAGAAGCAGAUGGAACAUUUUUCCGAGAGUAUUGAGACUUUGAAUGAGCAUGCUGAUAGAUGUAGUCGGGAGAUAAGGAAAGCUAGGACAGUGAUUAUACAUAAGAUAAUCAAACCUCCACGUUGAUAGUUCUUUGCUGUGUCUAGUGAUGGCUUUUAAUUUUUAGCUUACUAUUCUGGACCAUUUAAGACUUGCUGAUUAAACACCUGGAUUAUUCAUUGGGGUGCGUCAAAAGAAAUACAGGGAUGGUACUUGUGUAUAACAUUUCUGUGCUUGAUGUGUAUGGAUCUCUUAAAGAUAUAUAUAUUAUAUACAUA